AUGUGGCCUUAUCUCUUGCUCAGCCUGUUCGUCGUUCAAGCCUUUGCGAUAUGGCCGAUACCAUCGAAAAUGGCCACUGGGGAAGAAGUGUUGUUUGUGGACCGUAGAGUCAAGUUCAUCUAUAAUGGUGCCGCACAGGUAGCAUUGCCCCAGCCAGAGCAGAUGCCGUUCGAACAAGAUCUUAACCCUUUGAACUUGCAGUACUCAAACUAUGGCCCUCGCAACAUGUGUUCUCAGAGGGUCGUAUCUACAGCAAUCGAGACCACUACAACGACUCUAUUCGAACAGAAUUUUGUCCCAUGGAAGUUCCAUCCUCGCCAUUCUGACUUCGAACCUGCGACGAAUGCUUCUUGCACCUACAUCAAGACAGUGCACCUGGAACAGACUGAUGUUGACCCGGCAAAUGUAACAAAGCCACUGGCUGGCGAUGUCGACGAAUCGUACUCAUUGUCCAUUGCUACCGAUGGCCAAGUCACCAUCACAGCGGCCUCAUCCAUUGGCAUUGCGCAUGGCUUGACAACAUUUACCCAGCUGUUCUACAAACACUCCAGCGGUUCGGUCUAUACACCGUACGCUCCAGUGAACAUCACAGAUGCUCCACUAUUUCAGCAUAGAGGCCUCAAUAUGGAUGUAUCGCGAGUUUGGUAUGAGCCUGUCGAUAUCAUCCGAAUGAUCGAUGCUCUGGCGUACAACAAACUCAACCGUCUGCACCUUCAUAUCACAGAUGCUCAGUCUUGGCCGCUCGAGAUUCCAGCAUUGCCGAUGUUGGCUGAGAAGGGCUCGUACCGUGAAGGUCUGACAUACAGUCCUGCAACAAUGGCGUAUAUUCAAGAUUAUGGUGCUUCUCGAGGUGUGGAGGUAAUCCUUGAAAUUGAUAUGCCAGGCCACACCUCGUCCAUCGCCUACAGCUACCCUGAGCUGAUAGCGGCGUUUAACGAAAAGGACUGGUCGAAAUAUGCCGCUGAGCCGCCGUCUGGUACGUUGAAGCUGAACUCCACAGCGGUGACUGAAUUUCUGGACACUCUGUUCGAUGACCUGCUUCCGAGAGUUCUACCUUACUCGUCGUACUUCCAUACUGGUGGUGAUGAGGUCAAUGUCAAUGCCUACAACCUCGACGACACCGUACGCUCGAACGAUACUGCGAUCCUACAACCUCUGAUGCAAGCCUUUGUCGACAGAGCUCAUGCCAAAGUGCGAGCUGCCGGUCUCACCCCAAUUGCAUGGGAGGAAAUGCUCUUGACCUGGAACCUAACUCUAGGAUCUGAUGUUGUGAUUCAGACCUGGCAGAGCGACGAGGCGGUCGCAGAGACCGUCAGCAAAGGUCACAAGGCUCUCGUUGGCAACUACAACUACUGGGUAGNNUACCUCGACUGUGGCCAUGGCCAAUGGCUCGACUUCUACCCUGAUGUCUCCCAGCAAUACUACCCGUACAACGAUUACUGCGCGCCACUGCACAACUGGAGAGUGAUGUAUGCCUACGAUCCACUGAACGGUGUCCCUGCAAACCUGACCCAUCUCGUUUUGGGAGGUGAAGUUCACAUCUGGAGCGAGCAGACCGAUCCCGUCAAUGUCGACAGGCAAGUGUGGCCACGUGCCUGCGCAGCCGCCGAGGUUCUCUGGAGCGGCGCCAAAGACGAGCAGGGACAGAAUCGCAGUCAGAUAACCGCAAGUCCAAGAUUGAGCGAGAUGCGGGAGCGCCUGGUCGCGAGAGGAAUCGGCGCCGAGCCUGUCCAAAUGCCAUUCUGUACGCAGAACGGCACUCAGUGUGCUCUGUGA